GCACUAAUUCUCUAAUUUUCGCCAUUGUGUGAUUUAGACACGCGUCUGAGCAUAAAAAACGCGAAAAGUUAAUUUUCAAGCGUAGCACAAUUACAAACCGCUUGUAAUUGUCGUGGCACAAGCAGGCCAUAUAAGUUCGAAGUGAAUCGAUUUAAAACUUAAACAAAGAAACUCUGUGAGAAGUACAGACCUCAUUUGAAAUUUCACAUAAGAACGUAGUAGCUUGUGGAACGUAAGAAGUUGUCGGAAAAACUAAUGAAAAACGUAUAGACACAAAGUGCAACACAAAUACUAAAGAAAGAGAGAAACAGUUUUCCCAUAUCUUUUUUUGUCGCAAAUAGCAAGUGUGCACCCGAACAAAGCGUAACAACUGCGAAAUUUUCCUAAACGGAAAGCAAGAAAAAACAAGCAACUGAUUGGAGGAUAAUAUGAGUAAUGCUAUUAACCAAAAUGGCACAGGUCUAGAGCAGCAAGUUGCUGGUCUGGACUUGAAUGGCGGCUCAGCUGACUACAGCGGCCCCAUAACAAGCAAGACUUCCACUAACUCGGUCACCGGUGGUGUUUAUGUGCCCCCGCAUCUUCGUGGUGGUGGUGGCAACAACAACGCAGCGGAGGUAGACAGCCAGGGCCAAGGCCAGGGCUUCGAUUCGAGAGCCGCUAAUCCGCGCGCCGACAGCAGGGAACCGCAGCAGAAUCGCAGCGGUGAGUAUCGCAGAGGCGGCGGCGGCGGUGGUCGUGGCUACAAUCGCCAGAGCGGCGAGUACGGAAGUUUUGGCAGCGGCGGCGGAGGACGUCGUGGAGGAGGUAGUGGUGGUCGCUUUGAGGACAACUACAACGGUAAGUCUGCAGCUCGAAUCUUCCAGCAACAGCUUCUCAUCUCAUUUGAUCCCACCCUUUUGCUCCCAGGUGAUUUCGAUUCGCGCCGUGGAGGCGACUGGAAUCGCAGUGGUGGCGGCGGCGGACGAAGCUUCGGUGGGGAUCGGCGAGGUCCCUCGUAUCGCGGUGGUGGAGGCGGCAGUGGUACCGCCCUUGACGAACAGCCCGAUGAGGGCCAACAGCAGCCGCAGCAGCCACGCAAUGACCGCUGGCAGGAGCCAGAGCGCCCAAGUGGCUUCGAGGGCGCUGUCGAAGGCGGAGCUCCGGGAGGCGGCGGAAACAGAUCGUUUAACAAUCGCGGCGAACGCGGAGGCGGCUCUGGCUACAACAGUCGCUGGAAGGAAGGCGGAGGCGGCAACACCGACUACACAAAACUGGGAGCCAGGGACGAGCGCUUGGAGCAGGAGCUGUUCGGCGUUGGCAACACGGGCAUCAAUUUUGACAAAUACGAGGAUAUACCCGUGGAGGCGACGGGCCAGAAUGUUCCACCCAAUAUCACAACGUUCGAUGAUGUGCAGCUGACGGAGAUCAUUCGCAACAACGUGAGCCUUGCGCGUUAUGACAAACCGACACCGGUGCAGAAGCACGCCAUACCGAUCAUCAUCAGUGGACGUGAUCUGAUGGCCUGUGCCCAGACCGGGUCCGGCAAGACGGCCGCCUUCCUCGUGCCCAUCCUUAACCAGAUGUACGAGCACGGUAUGUCGGCGCCGCCGCAGAACAAUCGACAGUAUAGCCGGCGCAAGCAGUAUCCGUUGGGUCUGGUGCUGGCACCGACCCGCGAGCUGGCUACCCAGAUCUUUGAGGAGGCCAAGAAGUUCGCCUACCGUUCUCGUAUGCGUCCGGCCGUACUCUAUGGCGGAAACAACACCAGCGAGCAGAUGCGCGAGCUGGACCGGGGAUGCCAUUUGAUUGUGGCCACUCCGGGCCGAUUGGAGGACAUGAUUACGCGCGGCAAGGUGGGUCUGGAAAACAUUCGCUUCCUGGUGCUGGACGAGGCCGAUCGCAUGUUGGACAUGGGCUUCGAGCCGCAGAUUCGUCGCAUCGUGGAGCAGCUAAAUAUGCCACCCACUGGCCAGCGUCAGACGCUUAUGUUCUCGGCCACAUUCCCAAAGCAGAUUCAGGAACUGGCGAGCGAUUUUCUCAGCAACUACAUUUUCCUCGCCGUGGGCCGCGUGGGCUCCACGUCCGAGAAUAUUACUCAGACCAUUCUCUGGGUCUACGAGCAGGACAAGCGCUCGUAUCUGCUCGAUCUACUCUCGUCCAUUCGCGAUGGACCCGAAUACAGCAAGGAACACCUGACGCUCAUUUUCGUGGAGACAAAGAAGGGAGCGGACUCGCUGGAGGAGUUCCUCUAUCAGUGCAGCCAUCCGGUGACCAGCAUCCAUGGCGACCGCACCCAGAAGGAGCGCGAGGAGGCCUUGCGCUGCUUCCGCUCCGGCGAUUGCCCGAUUCUGGUGGCCACAGCUGUGGCUGCUCGUGGUCUGGACAUUCCACAUGUUAAGCAUGUCAUCAACUUUGAUCUGCCCUCGGAUGUGGAGGAGUAUGUCCAUCGCAUUGGUCGUACCGGCCGUAUGGGCAACCUCGGCGUGGCCACGUCCUUCUUCAACGAAAAGAAUCGCAACAUUUGCUCGGAUCUGCUGGAGCUGCUGAUCGAGACGAAGCAGGAGAUUCCCAACUUCCUGGAGGAUCUGAUGAGUUCGGAUCGUGGACACGGCGGAGCUAAGCGUCGUGGAGGUCCGGGCGCACGCUACGGCGGCUCUGGCUUUGGCUCUCGCGAUUACCGCCAGGGCUCUGGCGGCGGCGGUGGCAGUCGAGGCGGCAGUGGCCCCCCUCCCCGCAGCAGUGGCGCAGGAGGUGCCGGCGGCGGCGGAAGCUUCCGCAGCAAUGGAAACUCGUAUGGAGGCAACUCUGGUGGUGGCGGAUACUACGGCAGCAGCGGCGGUGGUGGCGGAUCCUAUGGCGGCUCGUACAGCGGAGGAGGAGGCGCCGCUGCCUCGCACUCAGGCAACGGUCCGGAUUGGUGGGGGGCUCAAUGAGAAAGGCCUCAUCCGCAGGGCCAGGGGUACCAACGGGCUGUGUACGCCACGCCGAGGGAGCAGCAGCAGCAGCAGCAGUCGCAGCAGCAACAGCAGUCGCAGUCGCACUCGCAUCAUAGCAACUUUCGCAAUUAACUAAAGAGAACUAAAGAGAAGAGAUCAGUUGGUCGUCAGUCGAUAGCAGCUAUAUAUUAUGUACACACACAUACAUAUAUUAUAUAGGAACAGCAAAUGUGAAGAGGAUCUGUCUGUGCGCAGCGCAACACACACGAAAAACAGCAAAACACACACAUAAACACACGGACACACAGAAAUAAGAUCUAGACCAUCCUCAUAUAUCAUUUAUCAGCUAUCCCAGCAUGUCCAACCACAAUCACACCAAUAACCCAAACCCAAACCCAUACCCAAUAGAAGCAAAAAUAAUAAAUAGUAAACAAAUCAAAUAAAAAUAAAGUAUGUUAUUCAUGUAACGAGAGAGAGAGAGAGAGAGCGUACACUCAGGCCCAUCCAUGCCCCAACAACAAUUUCUAAUUCAUUGAAGCGAAGAAGGAAGGAUUUACACACACACACACACAUAUUACAAAUAUGAUAAACACCACAAUAUAAGAAAUAUUUAAGCAACUGAUACAAUUUUGAAUUUUUGUCCAUAAGUUAUACUUCUCACACAUCAUUUCUCUUGGAAUUUUCAAAUACAAAUAUAUAUGAAUCAAUAUAUAUAUAUACAUACACA